AACAAUAUGGUUGCACACAGCUUUAGGUUCUGAGGACUGUGUCUUAUAACUCACCAUUUAUAGCAAUGCUGAGUUUCUGCAUGAUAGUUUUGCUUUGCAUUACUCGUGUGUCUACCACGGAUACUAAAGUCUCUAAAAAUGCAUACAGUCCCAGUGAGAGCUAUCUCAUGUCGAUAUGGCACAACAGGCUGUACUUAUAUUCAGCUGCUGCUCUCGUCUUUGGAGUCUGGUUCUCCCUGAAGGUGGCACUGAAGAGGAAAAGCUUUUCCAAAGAUGUAAGGCCGUGGGUCUACAAAGCUGUGAAGAACAAUGACAGCCACAGAGAUGCUGUGGUUCACGUGUCAGGGGUUAAAAUCUUCUAUGGCUCUCAAACUGGAACAGCAAAGGGCUUUGCAAACGAGUUGUCAGAGGAGGUGAAGGCUUUGGGUAUACCAGCGGAGGUGAUUGACAUCAAAGACUACGAUCCAGAUGAUCAACUUAUUGAAGAGUGCAUCAACAAGUCAGUCUGCGUGUUUCUUGUGGCCACCUACACUGACGGACAGCCCACAGAGAACGCCGAGUGGUUCUGCAAAUGGUUAGAGGAGGCAUCCACUGACUUCAGAUACGGGAAGACCUACCUCAAAGGCCUACGAUAUGCAGUGUUUGGCCUUGGCAACUCUGUUUAUGUCGGCCACUAUAAUACAGUGGGUAAAAACUUUGACAAGUGGCUUUGGAUGCUGAGUGGCAAGAGAAUUAUGACCAGGGGAGAGGGUGACUGUAAUGUGGUGAAGAGCCGUAAUGGCAGCAUCCAGGCAGACUUCCUGGCCUGGAAGGUCAAGUUCCUGAUCCGCCUACAAGCUUUGGCCACGGGCGAGAAGAAGAGCUGCAGCGGCAACUGCAAGACUGGAGGUUCCUGUAAGAACAAGAGGAAAGAAGGACAGGAGCAGAAGGAGGAGGAGAAGACAGCUCUGCAGGGUAACAGCUCUGAGGACGAUCUAAUGGAGUCCAGCAGUGAUGAAGAAGAGUCUGCUCUGCAAGACGAGAAAAAAGCAGGUUCAGUGGUUGACAUGGAGGAUCUGGGCAACAUCAUGAACAGUGCCAAGAAAGCAAAGAGCAAAGAGGAGAGUGGAGGAGACGGCCAGACGGUGAAGCUGUCCAAGUUGAACGGAGUGAAGAAGAUUGAAGAUGAAGGGGAAAGCAGAGAGAUGAUCACCCCUGCCCUCAGAGCAGCGCUGACAAAGCAAGGGUACAAACUGAUUGGAAGUCACUCAGGAGUAAAGCUUUGUCGAUGGACCAAGUCUAUGUUGCGAGGGAGAGGAGGCUGUUACAAGCACACUUUCUAUGGUAUUGAGUCCCACCGGUGCAUGGAGACUACUCCCAGCCUGGCCUGUGCUAACAAGUGUGUCUUCUGCUGGAGACACCACACCAACCCUGUGGGCACAGAGUGGCGCUGGAAGAUGGACCCUGCUGAGAAGAUCCUGCAGGAUGCCUUGGAGAAGCACCAGAGCAUGAUUCGACAGUUCAGAGGUGUCCCUGGAGUGAAGCCCGAGCGGUACGAGGAGGGCUUGGCAGUCAAGCACUGUGCUCUCUCCCUGGUGGGUGAGCCAAUCAUGUACCCUGAAAUCAACACCUUCGUCCGCCUCCUCCACUCCCACCACAUCUCCAGCUUCGUGGUCACCAAUGCACAGUUCCCACAGGAAAUCAGGAGCCUUGUACCUGUUACCCAGUUGUAUGUUAGUGUGGACGCCAGCACCAAAGAUAGUCUGAAAAAGAUCGACCGACCGCUUUUCAAGGACUUCUGGCCCCGCUUCCUGGACAGCCUCAGGGCCCUGGGAGAGAAGAGACAGAGGACGGUGUACAGACUGACGCUGGUAAAAGCCUGGAAUGUGGAGGAGAUGCAGGCCUACUCCGAGCUCAUUGCUUUGGGCCAGCCGGACUUCAUUGAGGUCAAGGGAGUGACGUACUGUGGGGAAAGCUCUGCCAGCAGUCUGACCAUGGCUAACGUGCCCUGGCACCAAGAAGUGGUCGCCUUCGUCCAGCAGCUGGCUGACAUGUUGCCUCAGUAUGAGAUCGCCUGCGAACACGAGCACUCCAACUGUUUGCUCAUUGCACACACCAAGUUCAAGGUGGAUGGUGAGUGGUGGACAUGGAUCGACUACGAGCGAUUCCAGGAGCUGGUCCAGGCUUUUGAGGAGAGUGGGGGAAAGCAGAGCUUCUCAGCCUUGGACUACAUGGCCAAGACUCCCAGAUGGGCUCUGUUCGGAGCAGAUGAACAGGGUUUUGAUCCCGCCGACACACGGUUCCAACGACGCAACAAAACCAAAGACAUUUCAGGAUGUUGAUAGAUGCGAGAGAAAGAGAGGCACUGAUCGAGUACUGAUAUCUAUAGCAAAUAUAAUUUUACAAAUUAGGGUAACUGUUUUUAUUACCAUCCUCUUUGAGUUUCAAAGUUUCGUGCUGGACAACUUUGUUUCUGUCCCUAGCUGCCCUCAUUCUCAUAUAACCUUCAACUCUCUUCUUGUCUGUCAUUUCUCUUCAAUUUGGAUCUUUCGUUUUAUUGGCUUGAGCUCCGAGAUCAGCCAAAAACUGUCAGAAUCAAUUACUUUAAACUCACUUUUUAGACAUUCCCCUUCACAUUUACUUUUAAGCACUUCUUUUGCUUUCUAUAUGCACAUAGAUUUUUGAUACUUCACUCUUUUUUUAUUAUAAAUAUCGAUAGCUUUGAUCUGUGAAACCAUCUGGCAGCACUUGGGGUUUACUCUGUUAAAAGCGAACCUGGGAGUGGUUUCAUCAUCAUCGGUUCUGACGUGCAUUCUAGUUAAGCAGCUGCACAGCUCAGGUCAUGAUUAGGAUAUAAGGAGUAGCGCUUCUCCUCAUGUCGUCUGUGGGAGCAACACUUUCCCAGACACUUUUCCUCCUGCUCAUUAGGACAGUGGUUGUAUUGACUUGAUAGUGAGAGACUUGAGAGAGGCAUCAAGGCUGCAUCUCCACUGGGAGAGUCAGGCUGGUAUUGCUGCCUUUGUGUGUGUGGUUUUUUUCUUUGCACUGUUACACAUUCUCAGCAGUAUCAGCUUUGUUUUCUUCUGGGCUGGGAUGCAAAACAAUGUGACAGCUUUUCAGAGAGAGUUCUGUCAUUCUGGCAGGUUUACUGUGGGUUUGUUAAAAAAAAAAAAAAGUGGCCAAUAUUUCAAAGAAUUAAACAUACAAGUAGGGAUGCAUCGAUUCACUGGCCAAACAUCGGUAUCGCCAGAUAUUCCACUUGUUGACCACCUAUUAGCAUUCACUGAUGGCAGUGGCUGAUGUUUUCCUGUUCCUGGGACGUACCCUGCUACACUGUAAACAACAAAUCCUUGUUAAAAUUAGCAGGAGGAGAGCUAGUUAGCAUUAGCUGUUAGCAGUGGUGACCACAACGAACAGCUCACGGAGGUUGCACUGAGUUGCAUUAUGAUGCGUUAAAGCUCUAUUCAGAAAAGAAUAAGUGUUUGGCGAAGCUAAUAUGUAACAUUCUCAUGAUAUGUUCAAAUGUCAUCUUGUAUUUUUCUUUUUUUUUGUUUGUUUUUUGGCGAGGAACCUGAGUAUACACAGCUGUUUGAAAGAGAAAUUUGUUGAUAUUUUCACAGCAGUAUGAAAUAGAUAUUAGAGAGGGAAUUCUGAUAUUUUAUGUAUAGUGAAAAGGCGUUUGAAAAAAAAAACAAAAGGAGGGAAUUAUAACAACAGAAACAAAAUAAACAACAAGAAAACACUGCUAUUUUGGGUAAGAUUGUUACUGCUUUUGCAUAUUUGAGCUAAACUAUGGAUUGAUGACAGUUCAAAAAGUCACAAGAAAUCACAAGUGCAUCGCUGUUUUGUACUGCAGUAAUGCUUUAACACAGAAUUGUGACAUCGUGUACUCAGACAUGUCAAGUCUCCUAUCAUAAUGUCAAUACAUCUCUCAGAUCAAGUUAAAUAGACAAAACACAAAGAUAUAUAAACUGUUACUGCACCACACAUUUAAAAUAUUCCUCCACCUCCCAAGUGUAUGCUGUCUGAUCUACAUUCAGACACCAUCCAGGAUCAGGUAUGAGUAUGAAGCAGAGCAUCAUGGGUGGGGAUGUAACUUCAUAUCGAGUCCAGCCUACCUGAAUAAAGCCUUUACUGAUACUUUGUUAAAUCCAGAUGUAAAAUUCAAGUCACUUUUAUUUUCUUUUUAUUUGAAUGUAAAUCCAGAUGUGAAUAUUAAGUCCAUUUUGAUUUGUUUUAUUUGAAUGUGAAUCCAGAUGUAAACAUUUAAAGGGAUACUUCAGAUCUUUUGAAGUGGGCCUGUAUGAGGUGCUCAUCCACAGUAAAUGUAUUACCUACAGUAGAUGGUGGUCAGCACUUUACCACUUUGGAGACAUAGGCUGUAGUACCACCAGUAAAGACAAAUGCACUGCUAUGGACGGGGGCAGCAGCAAAAGUAUUUUAGCCACCUAAAAAAAUCAAUACCAGUUUAAGUGUACAUUAUGUUUAGAAUUUUUUGCGGCCUUAUCUUGCUGUCAGAUGGAGAUGUGUGAUGGAGAAAUAAAGCCUUCAUAGCGCACUCUUCAAAGCCAGACAACAUUGAGAAAAACAGUGUAUUAACACUGCUGAACACAGGAGCUGCUGGUCGACUGCUGCCUCAAUCAGUUAGUUUGUUUGUGUUAUUAUGUGACUUUGGUGUUUAAAAAGGUUAGUUUGGAUUCCCCAAAGUCACACAAUAACACAGGCUAACUAACUGAUGGAAUCAGCGGUAGACCAGCAGCUCCUGUGUUCAGCAAGCCAAAAAGACCUUUUUUGUCAGUGUGUGGUGGCUUUGAAGAUAGCAUAGAUGUGGAACUUAAGACUUUAAGCAGCUUCCCUGUUGAAACGGGCUGUCUGAUGUAAAGGCAAAGAGGUAUACUCUCAAUAUAGCGUACACUUAAACUUAUAUUGAUUUUUUUAGGUGGCUAAAAUAUGUUUUGCUGUUGUCUCCAUCCACAGCAAUACAUCGCUUAGCUUUUCUUAUUGGCACUUCUCCAAACUGGAAGCAUCUGGAAGCUGACAUCUAGUGUAUGUAAUACACUGACUAUGGAUAAAUAUGGCCCCACUUAAAAAAAUCAGAACUAUCCCUAUAAGUCGGUUUUAAUUUGUUAUAUGUUAAUAUGAAUCCAGAUGUAAACGUUUAGGUCCAUUUUGAUUUGUUUUGUAAGGCCUCAAAUGUUGCAGUGACUCCUUGUUGGGAGAAACAGCAGGUGUGGGGAUAUAGCACUAAAAUAAAUGUAUGU